CCUAUUCACCGUUAGAGUAACACAAGAGGUUUCUCUCUACUGCUCACUGAUCACUCAGCUUUUAACAGACACGGAUUUGCAAUUUUCCAUCACCUUUUAGACUUUGAGACCGGAGCGAUUAUGUGGUGAGGGACAGAGCGACAGAGAGGAAGAUCUAGAGUGAGAGAUGUUAUCUGUGGAGUUCUGUUGAGGCUGCGGUGCUGGUGUGGUGUGGUUGGUUGGUCAGGAGAUGCGUGAAGGUUAUUUGGUAUGUUCCUGUACUCAGCGCUUAAACACUACCGCGAUGAAGAAGACAACUUCCAGUCCCAGAAAUCCUGGAUAGAAAGCACUUUCACCAAGAGGGAAUGUGUCCACAUACUUCCAGUGUCGAAAGACCCCCACAGAUGCCUUCCAGGAUGUCAGAUCUGCCAGCAGUUGGUGAGAUGCUGCUGUGGUCGGCUGGUACGGCAGCAUGCUGGGUUUACAGCCAGCCUGGCCAUGAAGUACUCAGACGUGAACUUGGGUGGGGGGGCAGAGGGUGGGGUGCAGCCGGAGUUUGAGGAGUGGGCUGUGGACAAACACACACAGGAGAGCCCUACAGACGCUUACGGCAUCGUUAACUUCCAGGGAGGGUCGCACUCUUACAGAGCCAAGUAUGUGCGUCUGUCCCAUGACAGCAGGCCAGAGAGCAUCCUGAGGCUGAUGCUGAGUGAGUGGGCGAUGGAGCUUCCUAAGAUCCUCAUCUCUGUCCACGGAGGCAUCCAGAACUUUGACCUGCACCCCCGAAUCAAACAGGUGGUGGGGAAGGGCCUGAUCAAAGCUGCUGUCACCACCGGGGCAUGGAUACUGACAGGAGGGGUUAACACAGGUGUUGCCAAACAUGUGGGUGAUGCGUUGAAGGAACACUGUUCUAGAUCGUCAAGGAAGAUCUGUACAAUUGGAGUCGCUCCCUGGGGCGUCAUUGAGAACCGCAAUGACCUCAUCGGGAGAGACGUUGUAGCCCCCUACCAGACGUUGCUGAACCCCCUGUCCAAGCUAAACGUGUUGAACAACCUCCACUCCCACUUCCUGCUGGUGGAUGAUGGGACGGUGGGGAAGUACGGAGCUGAGGUCGAACUGCGCCGCGAGCUGGAAAAACACAUCAAACUGCAGAGGAUACACGCACGAAUUGGUCAGGGUGUUCCUGUGGUAGCGUUGAUAUUUGAGGGGGGUCCCAACGUAAUUCUGACGGUGUUGGAGUACCUUCAGGAGACUGUCCCCGUGGUGGUCUGUGAGGGGACUGGGCGUGCCGCUGACAUACUGGCCUACGUCCACAAACAGACUGAAGAGGGGGGGGGUCUACCUGACGGUGUGGAGACGGAAAUCAUCGCUACGAUCAAAAAGACGUUCAACUUCAGCCACAGCGAUGCUAUGCACCUCUUCCAGACCCUUAUGGAAUGUAUGAAGAGCAAAGAACUGAUCACUGUGUUUCAUAUCGGCUCUGAGGACCACCAGGAUAUCGAUGUGGCCAUACUGAGGGCAUUACUGAAAGGCACCAAUGAGUCUGCGUUUGACCAGCUGGUUCUGACUCUGGCCUGGGACCGGGUGGACAUCGCUAAGAACCAUGUGUUUGUCUACGGACAGCAGCUACUGGUGGGUUCGUUGGAGCAGGCCAUGCUGGAUGCCUUAGUGAUGGACCGUGUGGAGUUUGUGAAGCUCCUGAUUGAGAAUGGAGUUAGCAUGCACAGGUUCCUUACCAUCACACGGCUGGAGGAGCUAUACAACACGAAACAGUCCCCUACCAAUCCCACGCUCUUCAACCUCGUAAGGGAUGUCAAACAGGGUAAUCUCCCCCCUAACUACAAGAUGACCUUAAUUGACAUUGGCCUGGUGAUAGAGUUCCUGAUGGGCGGGACUUACAGGUGCAACUACACCAGGAAACGCUUCAGGAUUAUCUACAACAAUCUCCAUGGCAACAGCAGGAGAUCAGGUCGCCACUCUGCAGGGCCUGGGUCCCACCUGAGGAAGAGCCAAGAGUCGUUCAGUAUCCAGGCCGACAAGAAGGAGAAGACCAGGCACGACCACUUCAUCAAGACUGCACAGCCAUACAAACCCAAGUUGGAGUCGGCGACAGACCAGUCCAAGAAAAAAGCCAAGGAGGAGAUAGUUGACAUCGACGACCCGGAGACACGCCGGUUUCCGUACCCGUUCAAUGAGCUGCUGAUGUGGGCCGUCCUGAUGAAUAGGCAGAAGAUGUCUCUGUUCUUCUGGCAGCAUGGGGAGGAAAGCAUGGCCAAGGCCCUGGUGGCCUGUAAACUCUGUCGCUCCAUGGGCUAUGAAGCCAAGAAGAGUGACGUGGUCGACGACACCUCCCAGGAACUCAAGGACUACUCCAAUGAAUUUGGCACCCUAGCAGUGGACCUCCUGGAGCAGUCGUUCAGACAGGAUGAAACCAUGGCGAUGAAACUGCUGACCUACGAACUGAAGAACUGGAGUAACAGCACCUGUCUGAAGCUGGCCGUGUCGUCACGGUUACGACCCUUCGUGGCUCACACCUGUACCCAGCUGCUGCUGUCAGACAUGUGGAUGGGACGACUCAACAUGAGGAAGAACUCCUGGUACAAGGUGAUCCUCAGUAUCCUGGUGCCUCCUGCCAUCCUCCUGUUGGAGUACAAGACAAAGGCAGAGAUGUCCCACAUCCCUCAGAGUCAGGACGCUCAUCAGAUGACCAUGGAGGACAGCGAACACAACUUCCAUAACACCACCGACAACAUACAGAUGGACGUGUUCCAGGAGGCGAAGGCGGAUGACAACGUGGAGGUGAAGGAUGAGGCGGAGACACAGGUCCGCUCCCGAAGACUUCCUCUAACCAGGAAGUUCUACGCCUUCUACCACGCUCCCAUCGUCAAGUUCUGGUUCAACACGCUGGCGUACCUGGGCUUUCUGAUGCUGUACUCGUUUGUCGUUCUGGUCCGGAUGCCCGAGUUUCCGUCUCCUCAAGAGUGGGUGGUCAUCCUCUACAUAUUCACCUCCGCCAUCGAGAAGAUACGAGAGAUGUUUAUGUCUGAAGCUGGGAAGAUUAGCCAGAAGGUUAAAGUCUGGUUCAGUGACUAUUUUAACCUCUCAGACUUCCUGGCUAUUGUCACCUUCUUUGUGGGCUUUGGAUUGAGGAUCGGAGGAGAGGAUGUGCUUGUCCAAGGCCGGACUGUGUAUUGCUUGAAUAUCAUCUUCUGGUACGUGAGACUCCUAGAUAUUCUGGCAGUCAACCAGCAAGCAGGACCGUAUGUGAUGAUGAUCGGUAAAAUGGUGGCCAAUAUGUUUUAUAUUGUGGUGAUCAUGGCGGUGGUGUUGUUGAGUUAUGGCGUGCCGCGGAAAGCCAUCCUGUACCCAAAUGAGGAGCCCAGUUGGACGCUGCUCAAAGACGUGGUCUUCCAGCCGUACUGGAUGAUGUAUGGGGAAGUGUAUGCGUAUGAAAUCGACGUGUGUGCAAAUAAUACUGAGACGAAUGUGAAAUCCCUGUGCUCCACUUCAGUGUGGAUCACUCCUUUCCUACAAGCAGUCUACCUCUUUGUCCAAUACAUAUUGAUAGUUAACCUUCUCAUCGCCUUCUUCAAUAAUGUGUACCUCCAAGUGAUGUCAAUCAGUAAUCUGGUAUGGAAGUACCAGAGGUAUCAUUUCGUCAUGGCCUACCAUGAGAAGCCAGUCCUCCCUCCUCCCCUCAUCCUCCUCUCCCACCUAGUCUCUUUCUUCUCCUGCAUCUGUCACAAGAGGAAGAAGGACAGUCACUCUUACGGACCAAAGUUGUUUCUAACGGAGGAGGAUCAGAAGAAGCUCCAUGACUUUGAGGAGCAGUGUGUGGAGACGUACUUCCAUGAGAAAAACGACCAGUUCCACUCAGGGAGCGAAGAGCGUAUCCGCCUCACCUCAGACAGGGUUGAGACCAUGUGUAUCCAGCUGAAGGAGGUCGGUAAUAGAGUGAACUUCAUCAAGCGUUCCCUCCACACGCUGGACUCUCAGAUCGGCCACCUUCAGGACCUGUCAGCUCUGACCGUGGACACCCUAAAGACCCUGACCGCCCAGAGGGCCUCUGAAGCCAGCAAGGUCCACAACCAGAUCACCAGGGAGCUCAGUCUGUCCAAAAACUUUGCCCCCAGCCUGGCCCCCACCCCCCAGGACCCUACCCCCCAAUCCAAGGGGGUCAAACGCAGCGUGGGGGCCUAUUUCGGUUCCUCCUUCCCCCAGGUGUCCGGGGUGGUGGUGGGGGGCAACAUGGCUGAUUCUCUGUUUGGGAGUGGGGUGGACCCAAACCCGCCACUGACGCUCAGUCCCCCAGAGCGGAGAGGAGACUGGACUGGGCUGGGGCACCAAGCUACUGCUGCUAUAGAGGCUGGAUCCUCCACGGGUGGCAGUGCCAGUCACAGUGCCUUCUCCCUCUGCCCAGCUCCGGCGCCCCCUACUGUCAGUCCUCCAGAGCUGCGGCUACGCGGCCACUCCUUCACCCAGUGGCAGUUGACCCGUCCAGUGCAGGUGGGCAUCUCUGACUGCCCCUCCAGCCUGCCCAGCGUGCCCUCUGCUAGGGCUGCUUUCUACGUCAGCUCUACCCCCUCCCAGCCCUCCGUCUCCAGCCACCCAGAACUCAGCCUGGCUGGGCCAGACAAAGACAGAACCUCUAUUUCCACCUCUGCCUUUGCUGUAGAGUUUGGUGCGUUUGUUGGUCAUAAAGACAACCUGCACCUGGACCUGCAGCGCUCCUUCCCCAGAGACAUCUCCUCCACAGCCGCCGCCUCCAGACAGCUCAGCCCAGCCACGCAGCACAGGGAACAGGGUCAUCCUGAAGGCCAAGGUAAUAUGAGGACGGUCAACUCGUAUGCUGGCUUCACUGAGUUUGACCGGAGUCCCUCAUUCCUCCAUCCAGACUCCUCUCUGAGUAAGAGAGAGAGGAGCGGAGUGUCAGCGGAAGACAUCCUCAUCCACGAAGACCCCAGAGCUGCACUACUACUGGAGAGGGCUCAGGUCAAGACAGCUCAGGCCAGCAGUCUCAGGGCACCAGGGGAGGACUCAGGAAUAAAUGCUGCAUCAUGUCUCUACAGACACGCCCACCUGGGGAGCAGGAAGGAUUCAAUUGGUUCCCCUUUCAAGCCAAUGGAAAGCUACCAAUACUCAGCUGUGGAGCGUAACAACCUGAUGAGGCUGUCUCAGAGCAUCCCCUUCACCCCAGUGCCCCCUAGAGGUGAGCCAGUAACAGUGUAUCGUCUGGAGGAGAGUUCUCCCAACACCAUCAACAACAGCAUGUCCUCCUGGGCUCACAAAGGUCUCUGUGCCAAGAUAGAGUUCCUCAGUAAGGAGGAGAUGGGAGGGGGGCUGCGACGUGCACUCAAGGUGCUGUGUACGUGGUCGGAGUAUGACAUUCUGAAGCCAGGUCACCUGUAUAUCGUUAAGUCCUUCCUACCAGAGGUGGUCCAGACCUGGCAGAGCAUCUACAAGGAGGACACUGUACUGCUGCUCUGUCUCAGGGAAAUUCAACAGCAGAGAGCUGCUCAGAAAUUGACAUUUGCCUUCAACCAAAUGAGGCCCAAGACAAUCCCUUACUCUCCCAGGUUUCUGGAGGUGUUUCUGUUGUACUGUCACUCAGCAGGCCAGUGGUUUGCUAUAGAGGAGUGUAUUACUGGAGAGUUCAGGAAGUUUAACAAUAACAACGGGGACGAGAUUGUCCCAACCAACCUUCUGGAGGAGACCAUGCUGGCUUUCAGCCACUGGACAUACGAGUACACCCGGGGAGAGCUGUUAGUGCUGGACCUACAAGGAGUGGGGGAGAUUCUGACUGAUCCGUCUGUCAUAAAGAGUGGAGAGAAGGGAUCAUAUGACAUGAUAUUUGGUCCUGCCAACCUGGGAGACGACGCCAUCAGAAACUUCCGGGCCAAACACCACUGCAACUCUUGCUGCAGGAAACUCAAACUUCCCGAUCUGAAGCGGAACGAGUACACGCCGGACAAACUGAUGCUGCCUCAGGACGAAUCACACGACCCUGGAAGCGGGACACGCCACUCAAUGAGGCUCAUGCUCUGAUCCUAUAGGACACAGCCAGAGAGAAGAGGCCGGUGCUGUUAUUCUAUUGGCCAAUGCCAGAGAGGAGGAAGGAAGAACUAGUGCGCACACCUCAUGGCCAGAAGGGAUCCAGAUUUUGUCAAAUUAGCGUCAGAUUUGACUUUUCGUAGCAGGUUGGAAGGAUUUAACGCAGCAGGUUAGGAGAAUUAUGUUAAUGUUAGGAAAAGAUUUAGGGUUAGCAAAAAAAAUAUCUACUUUUUACAUUUAUUUGACAAAAGCUGGAUAAGGUGGGUCUAGCCAUGACCCACCUCAUCCAAUCAACUGGAAGAGCCACGCCUGUGUUUCCAUGGAGAACAAUGCAUGCAUGCAGAACUGUGUUACUUUUGUAUCUGUCCAACCAAUGCCAAUCAGCAACCAAGAUGAUUUUUAAAAAAAUGUGUAAAUGGGGAACAAAACUUUUUAAAGACGUUUUUUUUACUACAAGUUUAUAUGUUAUGAGUGUGUGUAUGUGUGUGUGUAUAUAUAUCAACAGAUACAAUAUCACUGCAUAAAGAGACAGUACUUAUUCUGAACUAUGAAAAGUUGCCUUGUAUAAACUAAAGUGCAUUGUCUGUCUGUACUGCAGGACUGUAAGGGUCAACCUGCUGAGAUACAAUUUGCAACACUUUAUACAGAAUGUCACCAGAUACUUUUUUUAUAAAUGUAAAAUACAUGUAUUAUUAUGGCAUUAGUGGUUCAUAUUUAAUGAGAAGACACAUGAAUUUGAAAAUCUUGUAAAAUAUGGGCAGAUUGCAAUGCAACUUUUACAGUACAUAUGUAAUAAUUGUAUUGUGUUGAACUCUUCUGAAAUGUGUCCACUGAAUAUUGCUAAUAGUUUUUAAAUGUUACAAUGCUGGUACUAUUAUUGUUUUUCCUUUGUCAUCACGUAUUGUAUGAGCAAAUACCAAUCUAGUGUAUCUUAUAGAUACUUAUAUCUGGUACUGAGCAGAAGCAGAUGCUGUUUUAUUCAGGGGAGUGUAAGGGUCUAUUACUCUACAUGUUCUACUGUAUAACAUUUUAAACUAAUAAAAUGACAGUUAUGUCCCA